AUGAUGAAGCUUUCCACCCUUAAAUUUCUUUAUGUAUGUCCUCUUCUAGUUCUGUUUUAUCCCUUUGUUGUAACUUCCAUAUCACAAGCAAAAAAUAUGAAAAAUCAAUUUCCUGCUGUUAUAGCAUUUGGUGAUUCAGUCUUGGAUACUGGGAACAACAAUUACAUUGAAACAACAGUGAAGGCAAAUUUCAAACCAUAUGGGAGGGACUUCAUUGGAGGAAAAGCCACAGGAAGGUUUUGUAAUGGCAAGAUCCCUUCAGAUUUUUUAGCUGAAAUGCUUGGUGUUAAGGAGGCCAUGCCACCCUAUCUUGAUCCACAUUUGCAGAUUGAAGACCUCUUAACUGGGGUGUGUUUUGCAUCAGCUGGUUCAGGAUAUGAUCCUAUUACAAUUGAACUAGCAAGUGUGUUAUCAGUAGAGGAUCAACUAAAUAUGUUCAAAGAGUACAUAGGAAAACUGAAGGCAGCUGUGGGGGAAAAAAAGACUUGUUACAUUCUAGCAAAAAGCUUAUUUAUAAUCAGUAUGGGAAGCAAUGAUAUUUCAGGAACAUAUUUUCUGGCAUCUUACAGGAGGUUUGAGUAUAGUGUCAAAGAGUAUGCAAGUAUUCUGGUCAAUAUGUCUUCAAAUUUUAUACAGGAACUUCAUAAAUUGGGAGCAAGAAAGAUUGGAGCAUUCGGCUUAUCACCAGUUGGAUGUGUGCCACUGCAAAGAACGGUAUUAGGAGGCAUAGAAAGGAAAUGUGCAAAAAAAGUAAACAGUGCAGCCAAGAUCUACAACUCCAAGCUUGCUUCUUCACUUAAGGCUCUCAACGAUAGUUUUCAGGAUGCUAGGAUUGUCUACCUUGAAAACUACAAAGAGUUGAAUGCACUUAUCCACAAGCCCAAAAAGUUUGGAUUUAAAGUGGGGGAUAGUGCAUGUUGUGGCGUGGCAAAUGUGGAACUUGGCCCUCUUUGUAAUAAUUUCGCCUUAAAAAUCUGUGAAGAUGCCUCUCAAUAUGUGUUCUGGGACAGUUAUCACCCCACGCAGAGAACUUACAAUAUACUUGCCACAGAGAUGUUAAAAAAGGACAUUGAUAAGUUUCUCUGA